GUCACGGGCCACCUGACAUUCAGAUUAUCAGCAAACUCAGCCAACAAAACGUUCUAAAUACGAACUCUAACACGAUUACGACCAACGUGCCUUCUAUAAAUAACUUGAAAACAUUUCGCAUUAAAUUUAGUGCAGCUAGUUAAAGUGAAGUUUUGAAUCAACAGAGAUGGAUGAAAACAUAGUUUUUGAUUUAAUGAACGGUACAGAGCAGGUUCGAAGUGUUUUUGUGAAAUUAUCGCGAGGACCUGAAAAUAAUGUUUCGGGAAAAGCGUUUACUAAAUUUUUUAAAGGAAUGGGAUCCAUGUUUUAUCUCAUGGAUAAUAAGGAAGUUAGUUAUGAAAAUCCAGAUCAAGUUCCUGAUUUUAUUAGAGAUGCAACACCUUAUUUCUUAAUUUUUAUGUUAAUCGAAAACAUAAUUUUAUGGAUCGAAAAGAAGCCUUUGAUGCGACUCAACGAUGGUGUUACAAGCGCAGCUCUUGGGAUGAUCCAAAGAUGCGGGCACAUGUUAUUUCGUGGUGCUGAAAGCUGGGCUUACAUUUACAUCUACGAACAUUUCCGGGUGUUCGAACUUCCUUGGAAAAGUGCUUUUACUUUUUAUGCUGCGGCCGUUGCGAUCGAUUUUUGUUAUUAUUGGGUUCACCGUGCUUCUCAUGAAAUUCAUAUUUUAUGGGCCCAACACCAAGUUCAUCACAGCUCGGAAGAUUAUAAUUUAGGUGCAGCUUUGAGACAGCCGAUUUUUCAAGGAUGGGUCGCCUUUAUGUUCUAUUUACCUUUAGCCUUCUUUUUGCCACCAUCCCAUUUCAUCGCCCACCAACAAUUCAACACCCUCUUCCAAUUUUGGAUCCACACCCAAACCAUCAACCAUUUAGGCCCUUUGGAAUACAUUUUUAACACCCCUCGCCACCACCGAGUCCAUCACGGGAGCAAUUUGUAUUGCUUGGAUAAAAAUUAUGGAGGAGUCUUUAUUUUUUGGGAUCGCAUUUUUGGGACUUUCGCCGAAGAAAGGAAAGAUGAAGAGAUCAUUUAUGGCUUGGUCUACAAUCAACCCAGCUUUAACCCGGUUCAUUUACAAACUUUUUACACCGUUUAUGUUUUUAAGAGAUUCAAUGAAAUGGAAGGGGUCAAAAAUAAAUUAAAAGCUGUCUUUUAUGGACCGAGCUGGAAGCCGGGACAUCCCAGAUUAGGGCUAGAAUCAGAAAAACCUCGAGUUGGACCCCGCAAAAAAUACAACGUGAAAUUACCAACGUGGUGUAACAUCUACUUAAUAAUCCAUUUCACGAUUGUUAUCUACUCAUUACACGAAUUGGGCCAAAAAUACUUAGGGAUGAAUCCUUUGGUUGUUUUUGGAUUCGUCUCUUACAUCAUCGCCUCCUUAACCACCAUAGGAAUGUUAUUCGACAACAAACCAUAUUCUUGCGUCUUUGAAUUAUUGAGGUGCGUCAUCUUAGUUACUCUAAUUCAACGAUUAGAUUUCUCGGGGAUCGUUAACCCCAACAUUUUAACUUGUUUAGAAGUUUUCUUUUUACUCUCUGGGCUAUUUUGGUUGUUACAAAGCACCAAGAUACUCCAAGUCAAAGAAAAAUUGAGCUAAAAUCUAAUUAAUUAGUUAACUAAGAUAUUGUGAUAUAAAAAGUGAUCGUUACGUGUUAGUUUUAUAAUGCGUUUUAUGUAAAUUUAAGAUGUAAAUAAAGUUGAUUAUAAUUUAGACUU